CGGGCGGGGCGGUGCCGCCGCUGUUGCCGUCCGGUGCCGCAGGAGAAGGUCGCCCGCUCGCCCGCUCGCUCCGGGGGACUCCCAGGAUCUCGCUCAGCCGCUCGCGCCGUCCCGAGCACUCGGGGACAUGUCGAGGUGGGCGGAGGCCCGGUGGGCCGGCGCCAGACGGCGGACGGCGGCCGCGGCACACUCGCCCUCCUCGAGCUUUCCCCGGAGACGCCUUCCUUUACACGCACCCCGAGCUUGAAGGCGCUGCCACGGCGAAGAGGCACCGAUAGGGAGCAGGACGCGCCGCCGCUGCACCGGGACCUGCGCCGGGACUCUCGCUGGGAAUCGCCCCGGGAGCGGCUCCGGGAGGAUGAAGCUGCUGGAAAACUCCAGUUUUGAAGCCAUCAACUCCCAGCUGACGGUGGAGACGGGCGACGCCCACAUCAUCGGCAGGAUCGAGAGCUACUCCUGCAAGCUGGCCGGCAUCGACAAGCAGCUCUUCAAGCAGUUCUGCCACGAGGGGCAGCCCCACGCGCUCGAGGCCCUGUCCCCGCCCCAGACCUCCGGCCUCAGCCCUGGCAGGCUGGGGAAGAGCCAGGUGGGGGACGAGGAGGGGCCGCUGAGCGACACGUGCAGCCGCAAGACGCUGUUCUACCUGAUCGCCACGCUCAACGAGGCCUUCCGGCCUGACUACGACUUCAGCGCCGCCAAGAGCCACGAGUUCAGCCGCGAGCCCAGCCUCAACUGGGUGAUGAAUGCCGUGAACUGCAGCCUCUUCUCGGCCGUGCGCGAGGAUUUCAAGGCGCUGAAGCCGCUCCUGUGGAACGCGGUGGACGAGGAGAUCUGCCUGGCUGAGUGUGACAUCUACAGCUACAACCCCGACCUGGACUCGGAUCCCUUCGGGGAGGACGGCAGCCUCUGGUCCUUCAACUACUUCUUCUACAACAAGCGGCUCAAGAGGAUCGUGUUCUUCACCUGCCGCUCCAUCAGCGGAUACGCCUACACCCGCCCGGACACCGGCACUGAGCUGGACAUGGACCUGGGGGAAGGGGACGCCGAGAAGGGCGGCAGCGGGGACCCCGAGGGCGGCGGCAUCGAGGAGGACAGGUUGCAGGUGAUCUGCAUGUGAGAUUCCCGACCGGCUCCCAGGCACCGGGAACGGGAACGGAACCAGCAAUGGGACUAGAAAUGGACUGGGAACCGAACCAGCACUGGGAACGGGACUGGGAAUGGAACCGGCGCCAGGAAGGGAACCGGGAACGGAACCGGCACCGGGACUGGCAACCCAGCCAGCGUUGGAACCGGGAAUGGCACCGGGAACGGAGCUGGGAACGGAACUGGGAACGGAAGCGGCACUGUCCCCGCCCUGCUGGUCCUUCCUGACCCGUGUCCCCCCCCACCCCAUCACGGUGUCCCCACGUCCCCCCCUGGACACUGGAGCCCCCCAGGAACCCCGGAGCUCCGGAGCCGCUGCCGGAGCCGCCGGGAGCUCCAGGAAGCUUCGCUGCACUUUAUGGCUCCUCCCCUCGGCUGCACUGAUCCCCGUUCCCACCUCGCCAGACUCCUGACGGGCUCCAUCCGUCCAUCCCGGCGCUGCCUGGGGGGAAAAACCCCAAAUCCGCCCCCGAAACUGCCCCCCUCCCCCCCCCACCCCGAGUCCGUGUGUUUCAAGAGUCCGGCUUCGCUCCGCUCCUGCUCUGCUGUUCCUGCAGGGAUCUCACCUGGGCCAGGUGAGCCCGGCGCCUGAGGCAGGGGGGUCUCGGCUGCACCUCCGUGGGAAGGGGAUUCCGAUGGAAUUCUGGAGCAGGGGGGUCCCACUCUCACCCCGGGGCAUGGCUGGAGCAGGGGGGUCACACCUGCACCUCUGUGGGAAGGGGAUUCCGAUGGAAUUCUGGAGCAGGGGGGUCACACCUGCGCCUCUGUGGGAAGCAAAUUCCAGUGGAAUUCCAGAGGAGAGGGGUCCCAGCUCCUUUGGGAUCUGUGAUCUGGAGCGGGGCGGGUCCUACCUGCACCUCCCUUGGGAUCCGGAGCGGGGUGUCCCGUCUGCAGCCUCCAUGGCAAUUUGAAUUCCAGUGGAAUUCUGGAGCGGGGGAGUCCCGGUCGCAUCCUGAGUGGGAUCCGGAUUGGAGGGGUCCCACCUGCACCCCCAGACUGCUCCAAGCUCCAGAUUCUGGGGUCUGGUUCUGGCCCUGUUCCCACUCUGGAUCCAGGGUCCAGCUGACCACGCACAAGGAGGGGCUGCUGAGCCCCCCCAAACCCCCUCCUGCCCCAGCCGGAAUGGGGCAGUUCUGUGGGAAUCCUGCUGUUCCCACCAGCAGGUCCGGGACAAUCGGUCUGUGCUCCCCCAAAUUCCCGGGGUGCAUCCCCCCCAGCUCCUCCAUUCCCCCCUAAACUCCCCCUGGCCAGCUGGAAUUCCACCCCGUUGCAGUGUCCUGCCAAUAAAGGAUUUCUGGGAUUUGCCCCCAGUUCCUGGGGGAUCCCCCUGGG